GUCAGAGUGAUGUUAUUAAACCGCAAGGUACCUCGUAUUAUGAUUGAUUGAUAUUGAUAUCUUUAAGAACAAGUGACUCUUUAUUUUCUCAAAUGAACACCUAGAAAAUUCCUUUUCAGAUUUUGUGGGAGGUAAGGACUCCCGUUACAUUUGUCAAGAGGAAAGUGUCAUUUUAAUACAUGAAAUCGUGGCCAAUGGAGUAAAGAGUACCUGAUGAUGCAACCGAGACUGAAAAGUACAUAAAAUAACUGAACGAGUGUUAAUUGGAUACCAGGUUGUAUUUAAGCAUAACAAACGCCGACAUGGCCAACAAUUUAGUGAUGUGGCAAAUUUAAAGACACACUUAAACAACCUUAGCCUAUUCAACCUUAGCAGCUCAACCCACCUCUUACAUUUCUCCUAACCCAGCUCUUCUUGCUCCCCCCAACAUUUCUCCCAAGUUCCCAACCUUAGCUGCACUCCCCUCCUUCCACCUGCACCAACUCAUUUUAAUGUUUCUCUCUGGUCUUUUACUUCACCAACAACCCAUGGUCCUCAAACGCUCUACCCAAUAUUCUUCUUCUCCCAGUCCACGCAUCAAACAACAUCCCAACGAACAAGGCUUCCACGUCAGCAAGCCAGGCUAGGGUUACGACCCAACCCCCAGUCCACCUUCGCUUCGAGCCAGCGCCGCAGGAGAGGCGCGAAAUUUGAAACGCUACAGUGGCGGACUGGACAGAUGUGACAGCUUGUCUGGUCAACUCUUCGCCUUCUUUUCUUGUUGUCUUCUCCGGCGAAGCACCGGGCAUCCUUCUACAGCCCCCAAACUAAAGUUCCAAAUUCAUGGCUUGCACAUGAUAAUUCACCAGCAUCCACCCACCCCUGCCAGGUUCCGGCAACCACCCUGGCAGCACCUGUGGGAAAAUGAACUCAGGGAAUAAACAUGGCGUCAAUGGUGAAGCUGUGUGAUUCCAUUGCGAGGAGAAUCCAAUGCAUGCAGCAUCCUCUAAAGAUUGUAUUUCGUCGAUUGGGUCUGGGCGCUAAUAAUGAUCCUGAUUUGAGCAGAGAUUUUUUUGUCCAGCUAUGGGUUGCAGAUAGAAAGAAGCAUAAGGCUGGCGCAAAAUAUAGACCGAAAAGUCAUGGCGUCCUGAGCCAUGGUGAAUCAGGAUCUUGUAGUCUUGUCUCUGUUCGGGGCUCAUCUGUAAGGCGUCUCUCAGGGGUUUAUGCAGCAGAGGAAUCUUCCUUCGAUGAUCUAAAACCCAAUCUCAGACAACCGCCGCCUAGCCAAUCUGUGGGGGGUGUUCUGCAACCUUCAUCACCUGAAGAGUCCAUGGUUGCUCAUCUUCUCGCUAGAUCCAACUUGCUGAUUACUAGAGACAUAGAAUGGGCAAAUCUUGUUCUUGGCUUUGAGCAAGAAAACAGAUAUGCUAUUGUAGAUGUGUGCUACCCACAAUCGCCUGCAGGUUUUAUCCGCGAAAAAAGUAGUGUCAUUGCAAGACAGUUGCUUCGCCUCAGACGCCCUUUUGUGGCUAAUAUAACUGAUGGUCUGGGUAAUGAGCUUUUUAGGGUACGAAGACCUUUUUGGUGGAUCACUAGCUCUAUUUAUGCUGAGAUCAAUGGAAAAGAAAUAGGUGUAGUCCACAGAAGAUGGCAUCUCUGGAGGAGAAUAUAUGAUCUGUAUUUGGGGAAUGAGCAGUUUGCCGUGGUUGAGAAUCCUGGCUUUUGGAACUGGACGUUUACAUUAAAGGACAUUGAUGGGAAUGUGCUGGCUCAAAUAGAUCGUGACUGGAGAGGAUUUGGUUUUGAGAUUUUCACUGAUGCUGGCCAGUAUGUGAUCCAAUUUGGCAAAGCUGAUUCCAGUAAUGCUUCAGUUGGAGGGAUUCGAGAGUUAGACGUUGUUCAUCCACUAACCCUCUUGGAGCGAGCAGUAGCUGUUGCGCUUGCUGUAUCACUAGAUAAUGAUUACUUCUCAAGACAUGGAGGCUGGGGGAUUCCGUUCGUCGAAGUGGGUGAAUAACCUCUCUAUGUUCUGACUGCUUGCAACCCAUCUCCUGAAGGCAAACAUUGCAGUGGGAAAAAACAUAGUGUACGUCGACACAUUUUUUGUACAGGGAUAGAAGCAAAUUAUAAAUUCUUCUUGGUUUGGCAACUUUAUUAACUCCUGCAAAUGAAAAAUUCUUCUGAUUGAUUGCAUUGAUUAUUGACUAAUAUUACACCAGAAGUCAUCAUUGAUCUAACUGUCAAACCUCGAUGAUGCUGUCCACACAGGGUGCAAAUUUGUGAAUUUAUGAUUGUUACCAUUAUCAUUAACGAGGGCAAAUUUCACUUUUAGUCUUUUGACUAUAUUGGAAUACUGGAUUCACAUUUUUGUCUUGUCUUAGAUUUUAUGUAUCAACAACAAAAGAUGUUCCCCUUUUAGUUUAAG